AUGUCAAAGUCCAAAGAUCACAAUGAGAAACACGAUGCAAACCUAGACGAGUACUACCGAGAGACCCUGAACGAAACGAAACCUUAUAUUCUGAGAUUGAAAGAUCCACAAACAGCUCAGAUUUGCAGAAAGUGGCUUGAAAGACUGAAUCACGCGAGUAAUCAACGAACAUUGAGGAAUCAGUACCUUGGAGAGUUGUAUCGGAGAUUGAAGGCUGGGAGAGUUGAGGGGGUGUUCAGCAGAGCUCCGUCGAAGGGUCCAUUGCCUCCAAUACCUUAUCAACAGCCAUCAGCGACUGAACCGGAUUCCUUCAGUGACAGUUCUGCUUCCACACAAAUACUUCGCCCCCAUACAAACCCCUGGAUGAGAUGCAGACAGCCACUUCGGACAAAAUCAUCUCCCCAACAACGAGAAAUAGAAGAUGAAACAGACGAAACAGUCAGUCAAGAUGACAGAUCUGAGUUUUCACCAAAAGCUCAGUACUCUCUCGAGAAUAAACCCUCUAAAAGCCAACUGCACUUUUGCAAGCAGAGGAUAGAUGAGUUGACGAACGUUGCUAGAAAGUUGCAUAUUCAAAAUGAGUACUUGAACCAAGAACUGUUGAAGAGGCAAGGAUGCGGAGAUGCUGACGAGCUGCAUCAUCUUCGAGCGAUUGUCAAACAGAAGAAUGUGGAGAUAAACGAUUGGAAAUCUAGGCUUGUGAAAGUGCAGCAGAUGAAGAACGAUCUCGAGGAGUGUCAUGAAGAGAUUAUCCAUCGCUUUAAGGGUGCAAUCAGCGAACAAUGCGAGAAGUUCAAGGGAAGAUUACAGCAGGAGGAAAUGAAAAGUGAAAAGUUACGGCAGGAAGUUGAUACUUUGACUCAAAAAGUGGGGAAAGUGUCUCAGGAAAAGGAAGAAGAAUUAAUGUUGAAACAAAAGACCUAUGAAGAAUUAUUCGAGAUUAAAGAAAGAGAAUUUGCCUCGAAAUAUAAAAACCUAGAAGCGAUUAAUCACGAUUUAAUGAGAAAAAAUGAAACCAAUGAGAAAAAUAUUCUCCUAUUAAAUAACAGACUCCAAGAACUGGAAAAUAAAUUGCAAUCAAAGACUGAAGAGGAAGCAAAGUUGCAGUUGUUAUUGAGUGAACAAUGUUCAACUAUGAGAGACGAGUUCACAAAAAUUAGAAAUGAGAUGGAAGCAGCUAAUCAGCAACAAAAUCAAGUGCUUACUCAGAAGGUAUCUAGCUUGAGAAAGUGUCUUCUGAAGCUGGAAAAAUCAAAGCAGAAGGUCAUUCUAGAGUACAAGCAGAAGAUCUUUGAGAUAGAGAAAAGUAAAGAAAUAGAAAUGAAAGCAAUGGAACUACAGCUACAAGAGCAACGUAACGAACUAUCAACUUCCCUGAGUACUGAAAAGCAAUGUGAAUUAGACAGUCUCGUGAAUAUGUUGGAGGAGAGAUACAAAGGAUUCGUAGCAACGACUGAAGCAAUGGCUGAUAGUCAACGACAAAAAUAUCUUCAAAAGAUGACAGAGCUAGAAGACCAAUUGUCUCGCUUGAAGAGUACCCUGAUAACCGAUGGAACUUACGUAUAA